AUGGACGGGGUCCGGUGGGCGUUCCGCUGCGGUUCGUGGGUACCGACCCGUUCCGAGUGGACCCUGGCGGCCCGGUGCAUCCAGCCGGAGGAGAAAGACCGAAUCGGGCAGUUCGUGUUCAAUAAAGAUGCGAAAUCUGCCAUGGCUGGGCGUCUACUGAUCAGAAAGCUGGUUUGUGAGAAGAUGGGUUUUGCAUGGGACGGGUUUCGACUGGAAAGAACAGCGCGGGGGAAACCGUACCUGCCACGUCCCUCGUCCGGCCCCAGCAUCACCCACUGGAACUUCAACCUGUCCCAUCAGGGAGAUUACGCCGUGCUGGCAGCAGAACCGGGACUCCAGGUGGGCGUAGACGUGAUGAAGACCAGCAGACCCGGCAGUAGCUCCGUGCAGGAGUUUUUCCGCAUCAUGAAUCGCCAGUUCACGGAUCUGGAGUGGACGAACAUCCGGACGGCCGGCUCGGACUGGGACCAACUGGACAUGUUUUAUAGGCACUGGACGUUGAAGGAAAGCUUCAUCAAAGCGAUUGGCACAGGGCUGGGCUUCGACCUGCAGAGGGUGGAGUUUCACAUCUCGCCCAAUAAGAUGCGAGAGGGGCAAGUGUACCGCCAGACACGAAUGCACCUGGAUGAUGAAAAGGAGGACUGGAUAUUUGAGGAGAGCUUAUUGGACAAAGAUCAUCACGUCGCUGUGGCGCUGGGAAAACCAGAUAUCAGCAUGUCUAAAGGGGAUGGUGGAACUUUUCGUGAAGCCCCACCUCUUUUGUUCACACUAUUGAGUUUCAGUGAUCUGGUGUCUAGAGCCACGCCCCUAACAGAGGAAGACUCCGCCUACUGGGAGAGAUUUCAGAGCAAAAAGGAAGCACCUUCAAGGCAAAGUGAACAGCAGUGACCCAUGACGAAUGCAAAUUUAUACAUUCAGCAGGCCAUUAGGACUGUGUGUUCGGAGGGUCCUGCUUUUAACAAAUCGCAGCUGUUCGGGCGCAGGUAUGCAUUUCCGCUCCUGUUUUUGCUCGUGUGCUGUUAACUGCAGGACUGCGUUUCAUUUGAGCCGUAAAGCCCCGCCCCUUGCGGUGAUUGACAGGAGCUGCAGCCACUCAGAUCAUGAGCUACUGGGCCUGUCGAAACUCAGACGGCAGAGUUUAAAACAGCAAAGUCAAUUACAGCAAAGCAGAACGGUCAAGGAUGAACUAAUGGAAAACGCAAAUGGGAUCCGAUUUUGAUUAAACUCUGUACGCUGGUGCAAUUAAAUUUUUUCCAAAGUAGGAAAGAUAGAGAGACUGUUUCUAUAAUGCCAUUUAAGGUAAUGCUUUAAAAUAAGAUUUUGAUGCCAUAACUAUCUGUUUAAUUGUAAAAUACAGUGUAAUACAGUCCAAUACAAUGCUGAAACAUGCAUAUGUGUGUUUGUAUGCAUUGGGCUUCUUUAUUCUCCUGAAAUCUAGAGCUUCAGCCAAACGCUUCCUAAAUCACACGCUCAUAAAGCGGGAGAGCGAGGGAGAGCUGCAUUAAAGAGAACAGCUCUCCUCCUCUGAGUAUUUCUGUUAAAGCUUUAUCACAAAGUCUUGAGUAAAACCGCAUUGAAUGAGUGAGAUGCAUUAGUGUGUGUGUCUGUUUUCUAUCGGUCUGAUGGAAAGUAUUUCCAAAGGUUAAAGGUUAAAACAACAGUAUCACUGUCCCAUGAGAACGGAACUCUGAAGCGGGUUUGUUCUCUUCAGAAGGUCACAAGACAAAGAGCAACUACAGUCUGUGAUUUAUCUGCUUGCCUAAUGGUGAACGUGUUCUGAACGAAUGCUGGAUUUUUGUUUGGUUUCUGUCGUUGUGGACUCAGGUGCUCUGCCAUGACUUCACACACACACACACACACUUAACUGGGUCGCUGUCUAAACUCUUCUCCCGGAUGACUUCUGCCCAUCCGCCAGCUUCCUGAUUUACUGUGUUAAUCACUAUCACUGUGAUUUUCUCCUACAGUUGUGAUGGAGGCCCUGCGGGAGCCAGAAUGGAGUUCAGACUUACAGUGGCCACAGAUGCCUUGCAGAAACACACAACCCUGUGAAACUGAAGCACAGUUACAGCACAGAUGGUUCAGAAAGAAGAGGGAAUACCAUCUCAUUAGAUUGAUAGAGCGAUAGAUAGAUAGAAUGACAUAGAAAGACGGAUAGAUAGAUAGAUAGAUAGAU